AUGACCCUGUUAUCAGAUAUUGAUAGGGAUAAAGAAUCUAAUCUACCGGCAUCUGCAGAAGAUGAUGCAUUGGAAGAUACUGAAGAAUUAUUUGAAGAUAUUUCACCACCUUCUGAUGAACAGCUUGAUGAUUUUUCAGGCAUUGAACAGAAGCUAGAGAGUACUAAAGAAGUUGAACAUGAACUAGAAGGUGCUUAUGAACAGAACCUGAAGAGUUCAACAAGAUCUGAACAGGAGAAAGAAAGUGUUCAAGGUUCUGAACAGGAUAAAAAGAGUUCAUCAAGAUCUGAACAAGAAAUAGAAAGUGUUCAAGGUUCUGAACACGAAGAUGAAAACAGUUCGAAAAGUUUAUCUGCAGACCUAAUGAAGCUAAUUAUAGAAAACGAAACUGUAUCUAAUAAUAAAACUGAACCAACCUGUAAACCAACUCCUUUGAGUUGUGAUACAGUAGAUGGAGUUCAACCUUCGAAACAUGUUCUUAACCAGCCACCUAAACCAGUUCAACUUAAAACAAUGUCAUUAGGUUUAAGAAAACCAAAACUAACAUUUACAGACACUGACCCCCUGGUAAAGAAGUUACCAACUGUGUAUUGGACCCAGACCCUCAACACUGUAAACAUAUCUGUCAAGUUUCAAACAAUCAGAGACCUGGAUCCGAACUUUGUUUUUGUUCAUGUUCUUCCUUCCUCCCUGGAACUUCAGGCCCUAGAGGUAGAAUAUGAAGGAGAUACAGAACUUUACACUGUACAUCUAACCCCUGUACUACAACUCUACGGGGAGAAUAAAGCCAGCUGUUCAUCUAUAAAUAUUGUUGGAAUAAAUGUGAAUAUAGUUCUGGAGAAAACAGAGCCGGGUCUGUGGACAAAUUUGACAACUCUUAAAUAUUCAUGGAUCAGACGACAGCUAGACAAUAUUCAGCUAAGUGAGGAUGAAGACGAGAAGGAGGAGUUUAUCAGUAUUAAAAGAGAGGAUAUGCCACCGCCUACCCUGAGUACUACAGUACAGACGAGGAGAAGGAGGAAGAAGAGGAAGAAUAUCGUUUCAGAGGGAAAAAGUUAAUCCUGGAUCAUAGUAAGGCUAAACCUCCUUCAAUCACCUGAAGUCCUAAAGCUGGCAAAACAGGAUUAAAUGGUCAAAGGUAAAGGCCUAGGAGUGCCUGAAUUGCUCUAAACAUCAUUUACUUGAAAGAAAAGUCUUGCUUUGCUUUACAACUGAAAUCAGAAAAUAAACACCCUAGAGACAAAAUUUAACUUCUAUGGGACAGAGCAGAUUAUUGUGAGAUCUGACAAGGAUGAUUUACAAGAUCUACUGCAUUGUUAGAAGAAAUCCUGUGGCCGUAUUCGACUUAUUGAAAAUAAAUUUUCUUGAUAGAAUUUCAUAAAGGUU